GUACUACCUCUUUGCCCUGGUGGUGAAUCUGAGCAGGGACCUGUACGAGCUGCGGGUGCUGCUGGAGCUCGAGGCCAGUGGGAAGAGAGGGAAAAACCCUGGGAAUGGGUACUACCUCUUUGCCCUGGUGGUGAAUCUGAGCAGGGACCUGUACGAGCUGCGGGUGCUGCUGGAGCUCGAGGCCAGUGGGAAGAGAGGGAAAAACCCUGGGAAUGGGCUCCAGCUCCAGGCUGGGAACAAACUCCAACAGCUGAGGCUGAAGCUGCAGCUCCAGCUGCAGCUCCUGCUCCGGGUCCUUGGGAAUAAUCCCCCUUUGUUGCUGGACUUGGUGAAAAACACCUGUGACCUUUUUAUCCCCCUGGACAAGUUGGGGUUGUUCCAAACCAGCCGGGGGUUCGUGGGGCUCUGUGGUCUCAGCUCCUCCCUCCUCUCCAUCCUCACCAUCCUUCAUCCCUGGCUCAAGCCCCCCCAUCUUUCUGGGGGGUCCCUGAUCCCGGAAUCAGCCAAGAGGGAAAGAUUUAGAGCUGGAGAAGUAGUUCCCUGG